GUACAGUUGUCAUGGACUUGGCAGAAGGUCCCGCGGAGUCGGUGCGUGAUACUCCGUAAUACCGAAAACCUCGCACAUUUCAGUUUGAAAUUUCGGUGGUUAGCUGUCGUAGAUAUAUGGUGCAUGCGAGGCGUUGCAGUCGUGCGCGUAUAGGACUGUUUCUCAUUUAAAGCGGAAUAUAACUAGGAUGGAACUAAAUUCUCUUUUAAUCCUCCUGGAAGCAGCGCAGUAUUUGGAAAGAAGAGACAGAGCAGAAGCGGAGCACGGAUACGCCUCGGCGCUUCCCUUCGACACCGACUCGUCCCGCAGGAAGGCGAAAGCGCCGCCGAUCGCGCGUAAGGCGCACGCCAACAGGUCUUCGCACAAUGAGCUGGAGAAACACAGACGUGCCAAGCUACGGCUGUACCUGGAGGAGCUGAAGCAGUUGGUGCCGCUGGGGCCGGACAGCAGCAGACACACAACGCUCAGCCUGCUCAAAAGGGCCAAGAUGCACAUCAAGAAACUGGAGGAGCAGGACCGCAAGGCCCUCAAUGUAAAGGAGCAGCUGCAGCGGGAGCAUCGCUACCUCAAACGGCGGCUCGAGCAGCUAUCCCUGUCGGGCCUGGAGCGCGUUCGCACUGACAGCAUGGGCUCCACUGUCACCACCGACUCGGAGCAAGAGGUGGACAUUGAGGGCAUGGAGUUCACACCGGCUGAGGUGGACAGCACCGGCAGCAUGAGCGACGGCGAGGAGGACCACUACAGCCUGCAGAGCAGCUCCAGCUCCAGCGACAGCAGCUACUCCCACUGCCACAGACAGCAGCCCCACCUCUGCUAGGCCUCACAGCACCCUCCUCAGCUACUCCCGCCCUUCACCACACAGCACACCAUUCCAAGAGCCCAGACUGCCGCUCAGUCAGAAAGUAGACCACAGAGCCACUCCUCGACGCUUCCUGUCACCCGAUCCCACCCGCGCGAAGCCCGGCGACCCACUAGCACUCGCCACAGGGUUACCGCAGUAUCAGAUAGGAAAGCAAUUCAAGGUUUCACUCGGAACAUGUGGCAGCAAGAGGUGGGGUGGGGCGGGGUCGGGUGUUGUGCACAGCUUUGACUUACCAGUACGGACCAGGUGUAUGUAUGUAUGUAUGUAUGUAUGUGGUGUGUGUGUGUUGGUGUCUGAAAUUCAAAGUGAAGUUUCUUAUGCAGAAAUAAAUUUGCCACGAGGAACACAUAAAUCAGGCCUGUCCAACUCAGCCUUUCACUUUAAAUAAUCACCUUUUCAGUGAUUUAGAUCAAUCAAACUGUCUUCAUAAUUCAUACGGAAAACGACACAUAUACGUAUUUUUGUAAACAUAGAGAGGUUUAUGCACAGGACAUCUCGUGGGACCAAAUAAGGAGAGUAAACUGGUUGGUGCAGAAAGCUGAGCUUGACAAACCCCUGAUUUAAAUUAAGAAACAAAUCAUAUUGGACCAGACAAUUCAGAUGUUUCACAAUCAACCCAUUGAAUGUUUUAUGUAUAAUUUGAGUAGCCUGUUCAGAAUCUAAUACCUUAAUGUCACCGCGAUGUUCAUUGGCUCCUCAUCUUGCAAACGCAACACGAGCUGAAAUCUGUUCGUAAUUAGUUUUGUUUGUAACUCCAAAGUGACUUUAUAACUGAGUCACAGUCAGUAAAAGCAUAAUAAUAGAGGCGUCCCACAAGUUUCUUCGUGGUUUAAGUUCUGUAAAAGUCUCGGAUAUAGCUCCAGUAAAUUUCUAAAGAAAAAUAACAUACAAAUUUAUAAAGACUGCGAAAGCGGUACGUUGUUUACGCAAAUUCCUAUUUAACCCCCGACUGUCCACCAAUUCAUCCUAUACACAAGCAACAGGUACAAGCUUGAAACACUGUGGAAAUCGGUUGAAUUACUGCGACCCGACUCGCUGGUUGGGUUAAAGUGUUUUUACUGACACCUCUAGGCUGGGAGUGUAAGUACAAGUUGCUCUCCCUCCAAAACAGAUAUUAUCUACAUUGCUAUUGAGGGCAUAGAAAAUGCAGUGAAACGGAUUCGAAAAUAUGUUUCUGAAACUUUGUAAUCUGACCACUCUUAACAAGAGAAGCCAGUGCACUCUGUGUCAGAAGAGCCAAAGCGAUGUGAGCAGGCAAAGAAUUGUGCCACAAAGAAAAGUUCUUGUUUUGAGUCUUGCCCAGGAUUGUUACUCAUAACCAGUAGCGAAGUGAUGUAGCAUUUAUAUAACAUGGAACACUCCCACUUUCUGAAGCGUUAAAACAAUUCUGGCGUGAGAACAAAAUGAACAUGAGAAAAAACUACCUCUCGGUUUAUGGUAUCUUCAGCGCUUGCCUUGCCAUACUUCUAAGACCCUUGUCAGUGUUAGAAGUAUGUGGCUUGGGUUCGGGGUGGAGACCCUGCUCAGCAGUGUAGAGUGCUGUCUCACGCUGGACAGAGUUCGAAGAGCGCGACACCCGUCGGCGAUUUCACUGCUAGUGUGUGAAUGUGUGUGCGUGUUUGUGGGCGUUUGUCCGUGUCCUCUGGUUCAGACUGACAAGUCAGCCCUUUGUUUAAAAAAAAAAAAAAAAACUUUAGAAAAAAGAAAACUGCCAGCUCUAAUUAUUAGCUUAAUGUGCACAAGGAGUGGGCCUAUAGACCAAACUACUUCUCAGAUUUAAGUCUUUUGUUCACGUUUAUUUUCUUGACACUUUGCUACGGCCGCUCCGGUUAGCUGUUCUUUAAAACAAACAAAGAGAGAAACAAUAAAAGAUUUGUGAAUGCAUGAAACCGUGACCUGCGGCAAGGCUUCCCUAGACACGUGCGUCAUUACCCCCCGCGGAGCACCGGGGGGUCCUUCACUUCACUCCUUCACUCUUGCUAUAGAUAAGAAGAGGUUAAAAAGAAAGGACAUUGCUAACAGCACUUUAUGUCUUCAUGUGCAGUGUUUGCUUCCCAACUAACACUUCAAAAUGACCAAUCUGUUGAGGAAGGUCUUCUAAAAAAAGAUGUAAACUAACAAAAUCCUAUAUAGAAAAAGCUGUUUUAGCUAGCGUACUCUAUAUUUCCCAUAUUAAAUUUUGUAUUAUAUUUUCCUAACUUUGCUUUUAAAACAAGAAAAGAAAUAUAUAUAUAUAUAUCUAUAUGAAAUGCGGGGACCUGUAUUUGGAGGGGGCGGGGCGUGGUUGCUAUGACGAUCUUGGAGACUCUCCUGCUGUCCAUCUGUGCCUUGGUGAGCCUCAGAGAGUCCGGUUGUGAUACACGUUCCCCCUCCAAAUCUCCCGCAUCUUCCGCCGCCCUUCAGGUCUCACUUCGCCGGGCGUUCUCGAACCCGGGUCCACAGAAUGCUGACUCCCGUCUUCGCGUGCAGCCGAUCAUAGAACGAGGGGGUGCACGUAACCGCUCGGGCCCUGUUGACCAGCCCCUCGACUCCAUGUAACGCCCUGUGUACUCCACAUUGGAUCCUACAGCGAUACAUCAUCAUUUUUUUUAUGUGACGUACUUGCUGGAGGCCCCUUUUCGCGUCGCUCCCGUCACUCGGACCACCUCGGCAAUCGCAUGGCAGCUUUUUAUUGCGCGUAUUGCCGUUCUGGACUCGAUGCGUUUCAUCCUGUUUGCGAUGCCACUUCACGUGACCUCACUUCCCGCGCCCUCCCGUUUUUUUUUUCUUUCAGAGUCGAAGAGGGUGAUGGUGGGAGAGGGGAGAACAUCCACAUGGUAAUGGCAGCUGAUAAUUGUCUCCCAUCUCCCACAAAAAAAAAAAAAAAA